AUGGAUCAUAUAGAGCCUGUCGAUGGUUCUGAUGGUCCUCCUGCAGAAGCUCCAAGGCCACCGUCCACGACUCAACCGACGUCAUUGCAGCGGCGACAACGUGCGACGUCGCUCCGGUCUCGCCGCCCUACCAUCCGUCUUCAGCGUCUACCCUCGUUGGACAAUGCUAUCCCCCAAAUCCAGCAGAGUGUCUCCCGGGACCCUCGUAAUGCUUCAAGCAUCAAUGUCACCUCGCCGCCUCCCGUCAAAGGCGCAGAUGAGGACGCAUGGCAGGGAAAUCGUCGCCGCAGCAGUUCCGAACCGCGGCCGGGGAGGUGGUCUGCUCCCAAUCCAUCCGCCCUCCCCCGGCUCCCUCCAGACCAAAUGCAUACCUUGAUGGAAGAGCCGACAAAUACAAGUCCAAUCCAUUUAACUCCUGCGAAUCGGCCGUUCGCCGAAGUACAUCCCUUAGAGCCCCCAGCCCGGGUGCAAAGGCGAGGAAGUCUGGGUCUUCUGCGUUGGACGAGUGAAGCAGCUAUGAACCGGUUCUCGCGCAACCGCGCCUCGAGCGGGGCUGUUCCUCCAUCAGAGGCUGACACCGCGGACAAUGAAUACCAUCCCCACGUGGUGGAUGUCUUGGAUGUUAUUGACCCGGAAGUUUCAGCACUGUCGACCCUGACAAACGUCCAAAACUCCUUGUUUGUGCCCAACCUGGGCCCGCUAAUCAAUCGUAACCCGACCUAUGCACUUUCGCCACCGAGAGAGUCCUCGGAGUCCUCGGAGUCGACCGGGGAGGAAUCGACGGAAACAGAAGAGGGCGAGGAAGCAUUUGAGAAAUCGCCCGAGGGCCGUCCGUCACUAGAACGACCUCUGACGAGUCUAUCGGCAGUGUUGGGGAAACAAGAUCCACAAUUUGCCGUGUUACCUGAAGGAAGCAAUCUCGAGGGCUGGUCUGCGAGAGACAUAGAAGAAUUGAACGAUCAUGUCCGGCACAUGUUGCAUUCUCGUCGUUCGAAGUUCAAGCGGGCGAUGAAGGGCUUUGGGAAAUAUGUUUCUAAACCACUCGGGUUUCUCAUCACUCUAUACGCAACCCUCAUUACUCUUUUCGGUCUGGCUUGGGUGUUGUUCCUGAUCGGUUGGAUUAAUGUUGGUGGGCGGCAGCUAUACAUCAUCAACGUGAUCGACAACGUUCUUGUUGCUUUGUUCGCCAUUAUGGGUGACGGGCUGGCACCGUUCCGUGCGAUUGACACAUACCACAUGUGUUUUAUUGCUCACUACACUUUUCGAACAUGGAAAGUCCGUCAAAAGCGUCAACUGCCAGAUCUAAAAGAUAAAAAUGAUCUACCCACUCGUCGUGAGAUCGAUGUCGACGUUGAAUUCGGGGAUACGCCUAAAGACGAGGAGUAUGAGUUCUCUGUGCUGAACCCUCUGCAGCAACAAAAGCUAGUUCACCAUCAAACCAAAUUGUCCAAGUCUCAUACCUUCUAUAAACCGCACGAAACACUGACGCACCACGCCUUUCCUCUUCGCAUGCUCAUCGCCAUUGUCGUCCUAUUAGACUGCCACUCCAUGCUUCAAAUUGCGCUCGGCGCCUGCACGUGGGGUAUCAGUUAUCACCACCGCCCCUUCGCCCUAACUACUGUCAUUCUUUGUUGUUCACUUACUUGCAAUAUCACCGGCGGCAUCCUAAUCAUGAUCGGCGACCGAAAGACCCGGAAGAAGGAUGUGGUGGAACGGCUGUUCCGUGAGCAACUCACUAGGGAAGCAAUGAAGAAGGUCAACAAAAAGAAAAAGAAGCGGCACCAAAAAAUUGAAGAAGAGGACGAACCACGAUUCUCGGUUUCCUCGCGCCCUAAGCCCUAUGAGGGAACAUAGAAAAGACCUCGCCUUC